UUAAGCUAUUUAUAUUUAAUUAGUAAAUAUAUGGAUUUAGCUGAAACAAUAUUUUUUGUUUUAAGAAAAAAAUUCAAUCAAAUUACUAGUUUACAUGUUUAUCAUCAUGCUAUUGUACCGAUAUUGGUACAUAUGUUUAUUAAAGUAUCACCGGCUGGUGGACCAGGUGCUAUGUUUCCAUUAUUAAAUUCAUUUAUUCAUACUAGUAAGUACUUUUUUUAUUAUUUUACUUUUGUUUUGUUUUGUUUUUCCCCCUAUCUGUGAUUUAAUCAAUGUUGA